AUGGGCUCGAACUCAUCGACCGGUCGCUCGAAGCGAGCCGACAAUCAGAUUCUCAACUCAUAUCAGAAAUCGAUUAUUCGAAACGCAUGGAGGCAUAUGAGUACGAAGGGUCCCGCAAAUUGUGGUGGGACAAUUACAAGAAGGAUGAUGGCUCGACAAUCAGCAAUCGGAAACGUUCUCGAAAAAUCAACCAUUGAUUAUCAUAAUCAGCAAAUCGUCGAGUUUUUACAAAAAGUAAUGCAAAAUCUCGACAAUCCGACAAAAAUUUCGGAAAUUUGCCAACAAAUCGGCCAAUCACACGCAAAAUACAAGAAACGCGGUAUGAAGAUCGAUUUCUGGGACAAACUCGGCGAAGCGAUAACCGAGACAAUUCGCGAAUAUCAAGGAUGGAAAAUCCAUCGCGAAAGUCUUCAAGCCGCCACAAUCCUCGUUUCCUAUCUCAUCGAUCAAAUGCGAUUCGGAUUUUCAAGAGGAUUACAUGUUAAAACUGCACGAGAUCUUAUGAAACUUGAGGACCAAAAAGAUCAGAAUGAGGAUCUGGAUCAGGAUUAA